CUUUUAGCAGAGCCAGAAUAGCAGGCACUGAAAGGGCAACGUUGAUAGCUGAGCCCUGGUGUGCCGGGAGCCUGGGCAAGGGACGAACCUGAAGACACCCAGACAGGAGCGAGCCUUGGGAAGCCCAGCUGAAAGCCAGAUGGAUCUGAGUGACAGUGGAGGAGAGAGAGUGAGGCCAAGAGAUCACAGCUAAUUCAGGGCAAAGUCGGAAACCAAAGGCCCUGGCGAGAUGCUGAGGAGGAUGGAUGCCCAAGGGGUGCUGCCCCAGACACAGCUGUGACUUGACCAUGGACACACCAGCACGGGCCUGCAGAGCUCAGAGACCUGGACCCGGGCCAAGAAGUCAACAACUGUUGAAGCCGUGGUCUGCGCUCUUCCACUGACACCAGCGACCACCCAGCCCAGCCCUGCCACAUGGCCUGCUGUGUCCCUGAUGUAUGAGAGCGCCUACCGGCUCUUGAAGCUGCCCGCCGCCACCUGAGGGUCCCUGGGCUGCUCGCCGGCGGGACCCCGAGGGCGCCACGGCCUCGGCCAUGGCUAGCACGGCUGUGCAGCUCCUGGGCUUCCUGCUCAGCCUCCUGGGCCUGCUGGGCACACUCAUCACCACCAUCCUCCCGCACUGGCGGCGCACGGCGCACGUGGGCACCAACAUCCUGACGGCCGUGUCCUACCUGAAGGGGCUGUGGAUGGAGUGCGUGUGGCACAGCACCGGCAUCUACCAGUGCCAGAUCUACCGCUCGCUGCUGGCGCUACCGCGUGACCUGCAGGCGGCGCGCGCGCUCAUGGUCAUCUCCUGCCUGCUGGCGGGUAUGGCUUGCGCCUGCGCUGUCGUGGGCAUGAAGUGCACGCGCUGCGCCAAGGGCACGCCUGCAAAGGCGGUCAUGGCCGUGCUGGGCGGCGUCCUGUUCCUGUUCUCCGGCUUGCUGUGCAUGGUGGCCGUGUCCUGGACCACCAACGACGUGGUGCAGAACUUCUACAACCCGCUGCUGCCUAGCAGCAUGAAGUUUGAGCUCGGUCAGGCGCUCUACCUGGGUUUCAUCUCGUCGUCCCUGUCGCUCAUCGGAGGCACCCUGCUCUGCCUCUCCUGCCAGGACGAGGCUCCCUACCGGCUCUCCCAGGCUCAGCCCAGGCCCACCACGGUGUCUGCGCCCACCUAUCGGCCUCCGGCUGCCUACAAAGACAACCGUGCCCCUUCGGUGACCUCAACGACGCACAGCGGGUACAGACUGAACGACUAUGUGUGAGUCCAGGGGCCUUACCCAGCAGGUGCAGGCUGCACAACCACGUGGGAGUUCCCCAGGCAGGUGCAGGCUGCAUAACCUUAUGCGCGUCUCCUAGCAAGAAGCUGGGGGU